GCGCCGCAGCUUCACGUGUCACACGGCGCACACGUCGGCGCCGUCGGCGAACGUCGGACGUAGGCAGCGCGCGCGUUGCGUUACAUUACACGUCUCGCGGACGCGCGCACACACGGUGGUCCGUCGACGGGGCCUGGCACUCUCGUCUCUGCUGCCGUGACUGCUGCCGACCCUCGGGGGAAUCGGACGGACGAUGGCGCCGAAGCAGCGGAUGCGCAUCGCGAACGAGAAGGCGACGAAGAACAUCACGCUACGCGGGAAUGUACCCAAGUCGUCGAAGUCGCAAGAGGAAGGAUCUCCAGUUGGACCCUGGCUGUUAGCUCUGUUUCUCUUUGUCGUUUGUGGAUCUGCCGUGUUUCAAAUCAUCCAGAGUAUCAGAAUGGCUUGAGGAUGAGGGAAAGGAAGGUGUUGCUGUUGAUCUUUAUACGACAAACCAUUUACAACUCGUCGAUAUGCGAAAGAGACUGACAAACUGUUUUAAUAUAGAUUGUAAAAAAGAUCGGAGAUUACGGGAAACAUGGUGGAACGUGGCAAAUGUUUUUUAGGCAGUAGCUGAAAAAUUAUUUUCCUUUUGCAGAAGAAGCUCAAAGAAUUUAUUUAUAACACUUAGCAUUUAUAAGCGUUUAACUUAAUUGCGCUACGCAUAGACGAAGGGAGUGUGCUCAAACGUACAAAAUAAAUGAUACUGUGCCCCGAGGAACGAUCUUGCGAACUGUCUAAUCAAACUUACGAAUCAGGAAGAAGAGAACAAAUUUGUACUUGUCCUUUAUUACGCGUACCGAGCGUGUACCCGUUUCUGUUAACACGGUUGUUUGUACCAUUUUCUUCCAAAUGUAUUCUUUCGUCUAUGUGUAUAUAGUAAACAAUUGUAUAUAAACACACGAAUGAUUUGUCAUGCAGAUUUCUCCACGAGCAGAUCUGCCCAGUUGGCAGUGCGUGAGCUCAACGUCGACGAUUGGACAGAUCUGUUUUAAAGCAUUCCACUGUAAACAGUUGGUAGCUUUCUGUUGUUAUAAUGGCCUUUGUAUAAUGCUUAUGCAAUAUUCGUGAUAGGUCAUUAUAUACAUAAACUUAUACAAAUAUAUAUUAUACAUCUCAAAGAAUGAUUUGUUUAUAUGAAAUAUUUGCUACUGACAGUGCACACAUUGUCUCUUUUAAUAAAGUAUAUUAUCAAUAAAGAUAUAUAUUGUUUUACAUGA